UAAAAUUGGCCUUGAAAGUUGCAUAAUUACCCUCUCCUUUGUGUUAUGUUAAGUUGAAAUAUGUAUUUCUCAGUAAGUGGUUAUUUGUAAUCUUUUGAGAAAUAAACAUCUUAAACCAUAAACCAUAUUAAGUUACUAAUGGAUUUUCAAAAUUUGAAACGAUACGAUGCCCCAUGAGCUCUUGCAUUUUUUGACACCACUGCCUGAAUUACGUUCCCUCACGAAAACGAUAUGAUAAACAUUUUCGAUGUUUAAAGAAAUUACCUACCUCAAUCUAUCGAUGCGAAGGAUUCAAAAUUGGAUUUUUGAAUCUUGACCAUAUAUUAUUAUUAUAAGCCUAUACGGUGUCCCACUGCUGGGCAAAGGCCUCCCCCUCUCGAUUUCCACUCGUCUCGAUUUUGAACAAUCUCCGGCCAGUUGUCGCCCGUCUUGCGGCACCCAUACCGUGGUUAUUUUGGCCCACCUCUGUGGGUGCAUGCGGCAGACAUGGCCGGCCCAGUCCCAUUUCAGCUUGGUGGUCUUAGCUCCAUCAUCAGUAAUGCGUGUUUUCGAGCGCAGCAGAUUCGGUCAAUCCGUUUUACUCCUACUAUGCUGCACUGCAUAGCUCCUUGGCAAACCUUCAAUUUGGUCUUUUGCCCCUCGGUGAGUGACCACGUCUGAGCACCGUAGGUUAGGACAGGCAGAAUACACAAGGUGGCCCUUCAUCAGCUCCUCCAUAGACCAAUAACUACUCUACGCAUUUUGGAUACGUCUUUCGACUUCUUUAUCCUGUCUAUGGCUGAAGGAGACUAAUACCACCAUAUUACCUCAUCGAAAUUAUAAUCCUCGAACUACCUCGGUUUUACAUGCAAUGCUGAAGUAAUUAAGACCGUUCACUUAAGUUUAAAUUACAUAGUAUAGCACCUUGCAUAAUUAGUUUGCAACAAGAUAAUAGGUCCAUAGGUACCACACACGUUUAGUGUCGGUUCAAUAGUUUUACGAAAUCGAUUAAUCUGUAUUCCCCAUUCGGAGUUUUAAUUACCAAUAAAAUAACGUAACGAACGAUAUUGUCCCCGUUAUCUGUAUUAUAAAAGAAUUGAAAUUUUGGUAAACAAUUCAGUUUACAUUUGAACUCAGUCGUAUCAGGGUUUGAAAAAUUAUUCACAGAAAUGCAUAUUAAGGUCCUCUGCGUUUUCGCCCUUAUAGCAACAGCGGCAGCACAGCAUGGGCACCACGCGCACUCUUCGCAGCACAUAUCCAAGCACGACGAACAUCCCCAAGAGGUGACCAUCAAGGAUCACCACGGACACGAGAAGCAUGUGGACUACUAUACUCACCCCAAAUACAAGUUCGAGUACAAAGUGAAUGACGAGCACACGGGUGACCAUAAGACUCAAAACGAGCACCGCGAGGGAGACUCCGUGCACGGUUUCUACAGCCUGCACGAGCCUGACGGCUCUGACAGACAUGUCCACUACCACAGCGACCAUCACACCGGUUUCCACGCCGAUGUCAAGCACAGCACCCACCACAUCGUACCUCAUCAUCACCAUCAUCAUUAAACUUAAAAAAGCCUUUUUGUUGAAAUUGUUAGAUAUACAUUUUUUGUUUAUAUCCAAUACGUUAUUUUGAUAUUAAAUGUUUUGAUUUUUACCAAUCAGAUUUUAUUUGGUUUCUGUCCUCUUACAGUCCCACCGCCAUGAACGAAAUAUUUGUGUCAAAUGACAGGUCUCACUAUUGGUACUUUGCUUUUUGUUGUGUCAAUUUACAGCAUACUUACCUAUAAAGGCAUACUCAUACUCAUACUCGUUUAUUGGUGAAUUUUACAUGUGUAUAAGGUAAGGUAGUAGGUAAGGUGUGAGUGUAUAAGGGAGAAGUAGAAGAGGGAGCUGGAAGGGGUAGACCUCGGCGACUUGCUCUGAUCAAAUCGGGGAAAUCCUGAAGAAAGGCCAGGUCAAGAGCACCCUAAACCGACGA